AGAUUCAAAGCGUCUCAACCUGCAGCGAGCAGGAACGGAAAAGCAGAGGAGGCUAUCUCAGAAUGUCCGUCAUCAUAGAGACUUCCAUUGGAGAUCUAACGAUCGAUCUGUACACGGAAGAAAGACCAAGAUGCUCAGAAAACUUCCUGAAGCUGUGCAAAUUAAAGUACUACAAUUUCUCACUUUUCCACUCAGUUCAGAAAAAUCUUGUUGCUCAGACUGGCGAUCCAACAGCCACAGGAAGGGGAGGAGACUCAGUGUACAGUAAAAUCUAUGGAGAACAAGCAAGGUUUUUUGACAUGGAACAGGUCCCUAGGAUCAAGCAUAAAAAGCGUGGGCUGUUGUCAAUGGUCAACAAUGGCAGUGGUAUGCAUGGCUCCCAGUUCUUUAUUACAUUGGGAGAAGAUCUUGAUUACUUAGAUGGAAAACAUACAGUGUUUGGAGAAGUGGCAGAGGGUUUUGAGGUUCUGGAUAAGCUAAAUGAUGCUUAUUGUGAUGAACAUCAUCGUCCAUAUAGAGACAUAAGAAUUUAUCAUACAGUUAUUCUAGAUGAUCCUUUUGAUGAUCCAAGGGGAUUAAUAUUUCCUGACAAGUCACCUGAGCCCACAAAAGAGAUGCUCGAGAGUGACAGAAUUGGCGCAGAUGAAGAGAUUGAUGACACCAAAGGUAUGACAGAACAAGAGAUUAAGGAGAUGGUGGAAGAGAGAGAAGCCAAGGCCAAUGCCCAGCUUUUGGAAAUGGUGGGAGAUAUACCAGAGGCAGAUGUCAAGCCCCCAGACAAUGUUUUAUUUGUUUGCAAGCUGAAUCCAGUCACAACUGCAGAGGAUCUUGAAAUAAUUUUUUCUCGCUUUGGUUCCAUUCUUAGCUGUGAAGUCAUCAAAGAUCAAAAGACAGGAGAGUCCCUGCAGUACGCAUUCAUUGAGUUUGAAAAACCGGAAGACUGUGAGAAUGCUUAUUUUAAGAUGGACAACGUAUUGAUUGAUGACCGAAGAAUCCAUGUGGACUUCAGUCAAUCAGUGGCUAAAGUGAAACAUGAAUUUAAAGGAAAGGAAAAGAAAGAGAUGGAAGAAGAUAGACCCAAGUAUGUACUGAAGAGCCAAGAAAGGAAAGACGACAAAUAUGAUCUGGUCUACGAGCAUGAUGACCUGCCAGACCUGGAUAGCAGAAGCAGAAAGAAACAUAAGCACAACAAGAAAGGCUCUAGCUCUGAGGAGGCUAAAAAGCAAGAUUACAAAAAGAAGAAGUCCAAGAAACACAAGCGUAGCAGGUCUAGAAGCCCAGUCCAGCGACAAGAAAAAUAUCCUGAAACCUCAAGGGGUCAAAAGUCAAGGUCAAAAUCACCUGUAUAUGAGAAACAGUAUAAGGAGAAAAAGAGGAGAGAGAGAACGCGAUCAUCAUCUGCUGAAGACGAAGGGCGAAGAGAUAGACAGAGGGAAGAAAACAGAUGUCAUUUUAGAAGCAGCAGACGGGAUGACCGUAGAGACAGAGACAGACAUGAAAGGGUCCGAGAGCGGAGAUGAGUUCGAGUCUUGUUGAGUUGUAAGGGCACAUUGCUGAUGGCAUUGUAUACCAACUACUGAUGGCCCUGUCCUCAGUUCACUCAGCAUUGUAUGCUAAGAGGACGUACUUCAACGAAAGAGGAGAAGAGGAUAGUUUCAUUGGCAGCUAUAAAUGUUUUGCUUAAGUGUAAAUUGGCGUUAUUGAAAAAAACGCUGUUUGUGUGUGGAGGGGAGGACAGAGUGUGAAGAUAAAGAAGAAAAGGGAGAGAAAAUUUUGAGGUAAACGAGACCAUAAAUAAAGCCGUCACAUUUUCGUU